UCAUCUUACCCACAGGUGUGAGGACUGUCUGCAGGCCAGAUCAGGCCUACAGUCUGGUCCUGAGCACCAGAUCCAGCGUGCAGAGCUGGUCUGGUGUGGGUACUAUGCAGCAUGUGUCCCAGACUGGCUCUGUGCAUCGGAUACAGCAUGCAGGGCCAGUUUAUAACGGGCCUGAUCCAGACUGGCCCUGCAUCCAGCAUGCAGGGCUGGCCUGGCACAGGUGCCAUAUGCAGCAUACACCCUAGAUUGGCUCUGCAUGUCAUGUGCGGCACACACCCCAGACCAGCUCCACAUGCUGUGUGAAGGAUGCACCAGCUCCAGCCUUACACACGGCAUAUGGCACACACCAGAUCAACUCCAUGUGCCACAUGCAGCACGUGGAGCCAGAGCCAGCGCAUGUGACACAUGGAACUGGUCUGAGACACAAAGGCAGCACCUCGAGCUGGAUGAUAGUGUUCUGUGGGCUUGCAGUCUGUUAUCUUUGACACCCCUGCAGUAAAUGCAUUCCCCCUGUGGCAGCCAUGUGAGGUGCAUGGGAUCAUGAAUAAGCAUGAUUGGAAUACAUACAAAUAAAGGCAGCUAAGGGAAGGCAGCUUCCCUGUUUCCUCCUAGAGCGGGGAGCAAAGGGCUCUGUCCCUUUAAGUCUUUUGCCAUGGAUUUGUGCAUGUACCUGUGUAGGUGUGUAUCUUCAUUUAUGUGUGUGUGUGUGUGUGUGUAGAGGUGAAGAGGAGAGUGCCAAACAGCAGAGAGCAGAGUGCACAUGGGGAAAGUGGUCAGUCAUACCUGUCCUAGGGCUCAAAGACCAUGGCUGCUGCUAGAGCAGGGGUGGGCAAAAUGCGGCCCGGGAGCCAGAUGUGGCCCACCAGGCCAUUCUAUCCGGCCUGCAGGGCCCCUAAAAAAUUUAGAAAAUUAAUAUUUAUCUGCGUUGGGCUGCCUGUCAUGCGGCCCUUGAUGGCUUGCCAAAACUCAGUAAGCGGCCCUCUGCCCAAAAUAAUUGCCCGCCCUUGCGCUAGAGGCAUGUCUAGGAAUUUUGGUGCCCUGGGAAGAGGGUACUGAGCACCACUGGGAGGCUGGCCCUUACUGUGGAUGUGGUUGGGGAAGGUUGGGGGUGCUGCCAAGUUAUGGAGUCUUGCCUCUCCACACAUGGACUACUGCUGCUGGCACUACCACCAUGAUGCAGGCUGCUGCUGUGUGGGUACAAAGGCCACUGCCACUGUGGUUCAGACCCCCUGGAGCCAGUAUUCUGCUGUCCCCUGUAAAUCAGCACCUGGAGCUGGUGCCUCACUUGCCCACCUUAGUUAUGCUACUAUGUGCAUGCUUUUGAGUGUGUAUACAUAUCUGCAUCUGUGCAUGAGUGCACACAGCUGUGUGCAUGUGUACACACAUCUGUGUGCAUGUGUACACCCCACAAAUACAAACAGCUUUGUGUGUGCACUUUUAUGCCUGAGUGUGUUUUAUACCUUCUUGUAUGUGUUUGUCUUCAUGUGUGUGUAUGCAGAUACAGCUGGGAAGGGAGGGAGUUUUAGUCCUAGGCAGCUCCAGAUCAAGCUGUAGAGGAAUUGAUUGCUAGUGGUUUAUCCUGGGAAAGCCCUUAGUACAGAGCCUUUCCAUCCCAGAGUAGUACCUGCCUGGGCACCAGCCAGCAACAUACGCUGUACAACAAGUGUGUAUUUUCACAUGCUGGAUACCCCAGGGUGGCUGUGGGAGUAGGGCCUUUCCUGGCUCCUGUGUACAGUUGUGGAGCCCUUCAGUUCAAGCCUUAGUCCUGACAGUUAGGUGUGGGAUAGUACUGUCAUCUAGAGCAUGUUUAUGUGGCUGCCUUUUGCCAUUGUGCAGAGACCUGUCUUUCUUGUCCUAGCCAGCCCAGCUGCACUUCACUCCUGAGCCUCUGGGGCAAGGCACAGAGGGUGGUACCAAACUUCCCAGUGCUGUGUCUGGAUGGAGACACUGAUGGCAACUCACUCAACCCUGGAUGCUGCCAGGCAGGAGAGAUGGGCUGAGGCUCUUGCAGUCCAUCUGUCCCUACCUCCAGGCCUAGCCUGCGACCCUGUUAGCUCCUUGGCAACCACAGCAGUGAUGGCAGGCGGGGCGUGGUUCUGCUCUGUCUGCUGCUCCCCAAUUGGCUGAUGGAGCUCUGGCAGCCACCCCAGCAGGAUUAUCUAGGGUGAAGCACUGAAUAAACAACACUGCCCAAACUGCUGAGUCGGAGUCAGUCUGCUAAGGCACCCUGCGAGGUGGUGAGCUGCUCUCCCAGUGACUCCCAGCCCUGCAGACGCACCGGCAGCCCUGCACAUCCUGUCCUCUGCAGGUCUGGUUUAGGAGAGGAAAGUAUCCCAUACACAGCUUUCCUGGGUCCAAGCAUAUUCCACUGGCACCUGCAUAUGAACCUGUGCUGGAACAACUGACUCAAUCACUACAGAAUCAAAUUAUCCAGAAGGCUUAUUGCAGGAGGAGAGAAGACUCAUUGGUUAGAAGCUGUCCAUACCUCCCAGCAAGAAAAGAUGAGCAAGAAUGAAGAGGGCCAAGAGGAGGCAUUUGUGAGCAGCAAGGCUGGCAAGUCAGAUGACAAAGUCACGAGCACGAACCCUUAUGCAGGGUUGGUGAACCGCCUACGUGCUUCCUGGCUCGCAGGGAAGACACGCCCCAUGGAGUAUCGGGUCUCCCAGCUGGAGGCGCUGAGCCGGUUUUUGGAUGAGAAGAAGCAGUCCAUCCUGGAUGCCUUAGCUGCAGACAUGCGCAAGCCACCCUUCGAAGGAGAGUUUGCUGAGAUUCUCCUGGUCAGGAACGAGGUCAACUAUGCAAUCAACAAUUUGUCCACCUGGAUGAAAGAUGAGAACGUGGAGAAAAACCUGGUGGUUCAGCUGGACUCAGUCUUCAUCCGCAAGGACCCCUAUGGGGUGGCACUAAUCAUUGCGCCCUGGAACUACCCAAUCCACCUGCUCCUGCUGCCAAUGAUUGGGGCCAUUGCUGCUGGUAACUGUGUCAUCAUCAAACCCUCUGAGAUCAGCAAAAACUCCGAGGCACUCAUAUCUGAGAUGCUGCCCAACUACCUGGACAAGGACUGCUUCGCUGUGGUGACUGCUGGUGUGGAGGAGACUACAAAGCUGCUGGAGAACAAGUUUGACUACAUCUUUUUCACUGGCAGCCCCAGAGUGGGCAAGAUCAUCAUGAAAGCUGCAGCCACGCACCUGACACCAGUGACUCUGGAGCUGGGGGGCAAGAAUCCCUGCUAUGUGGCUGACCAGUGUAACCUGCAGAAUGUGGCCAACCGAAUAGUUUGGGGGCGCUUCUUCAAUGCAGGGCAGUCCUGCAUUGCACCUGACUAUGUGCUGUGCACCCUGGAGACACAGGAAAAGUUACUGCCUGUCCUGCGCCGCGCCAUCAAUGACUUCUAUGGGGCUGAACCCAAGGAGUCACCUGACUAUGCUCGCAUUAUCAAUGACAAGCAGUUCCAGCGCUUGCAGGCCUUGAUGAAUGGUGGACGUGUGGCCAUCGGGGGGCAGACAGAUGCGAAGGAGCGGUACAUCGCCCCCACAGUGCUGGUGGAUGUGUCAACAUCAGCACCCAUCAUGCAGGAGGAGAUAUUUGGGCCCAUCUUGCCUAUUGUCACCGUGGCCAACUUGGAGGAAGCCAUCGACUUCAUCAAUGCCCGGGAACGACCGCUGUCCCUGUAUGCCUUCUGUGAUAACAAGGCAAUACACCAGCUGCUGGACCGGACGAGCAGCGGUGGUUUUUGUGGAAAUGACACCCUGCUGCACGUUUCACUGGUUUCAUUGCCCUUUGGUGGGAUUGGGAACAGCGGGAUGGGAAAAUACCAUGGCAAGUUCAGCUUCGACACCUUCACUCACCACCGUGCCAGCCUCCUACGUAACGCAGGCCUGGAGGCGAUCAAUCGGAUCCGGUACCCACCCUACAGCGACCAAAAGAUGGCGUUGCUGAUCGCUGCCUUUGGGGUCAAGCGCAGGGGGGCCUGCACUCUGAUGUGAGCAUGGGAGCGGCUCAGCCCACCCCACCAAGCAGCACACACCUACCCACAGGCUCCCUGACUACAUAGGUUGAAGGAAGGGGCUCCUGUAAUGAGCCACACUGACAAGAAGCUCUGGACUCCUCCUUCACAGAAACUCAGCUCCCUCUGUCCUUACUCUUCGGAGAAGGGGGGAAACAAAUCUUCUCCCUUCCAGGCCCCAUCCUUUCCUGAAAGCUCCUGCCCCUCCCACCCCACCUGGGUCCUGCCCCAUUCUCCAUCUGCUCAGGCCAGCAGGACAGGAAUUUCCCUGACUCUCAGAACUGCCUCCCCACCCACUUCCCCCUGGAGUCUUGCCCCACUGGCUUGGUUGCUGGGAGUGGGCAGAUCAGAAAUGUCAAAGCACCUUCUCAAGGCAUGUCCUUGUCUUGCAGAGACAAUGAGCCCAUGACCCCCAGGGAGCUGUCCCAGGCCAGCAUCCCACUGGCUGCUACAGCAUGGCUCUUGGGAGGGCUCUGCAUGUCCAAGGGGACAAAUGAUGCUGACCCCAAUGUCCUGCUCUGAGACUAGUUGACCCAGGGGAGGGGGGCUGUUAGGAAGUUUGGGUCCCAAUCUGCACCCUUCUCUCCCUGGUUGACUACACCCUCCUGGUAACUAUGCCCCCUACCUAGGGAUCUACCUAAAGCUUGGCAAGAGAAAGGGAUUUUUGUGGCCCACUCAAAGUGUACAGACUGAUUUCCUGGCCUUUUCACAACAAACCUGCCCCUUGCUGCUGAUUGGCACAGAGUGGUUGAUUGUUCAUCAUGAUUCCCUCUCAGCCAAUCAGCAGCAAAGGGUGGGCAGACACUAUCUUGGCUGCUCCUCUUCAUGUGGGUGGCAUCACCUCACUGGGAGACUGCGAGGAUGGGCUUUAGUGGCUAUGAAGACUGCUGGCUGCUCCCACUGGGGAGCCAGCAUUUUAUUUUUAGUAAGUUUUUUUUCUUGAUUUCACAGACAGUGCUUGAUUUAAUGAAAUCCACAAAAUCGCAAACUAAGUAGGGUCCCUACCCAUGCCAGGUUCUCUUCCUACUUCCACCACCAUGCUCUACUUUAGGUACCAUCUCUUCUCCUGCAUCCUGCUCCAUGUUCUGCCCUGUAUGUUUUGCUUAAGUAAAGAUUCUGCAUUGAGUUCCCCUGUCUGGUCUCCCCCUGUGAC